AGAAUCAGAUUGCCGACGAGGCGGCCUUUGGUUUUGACAGUUCUUUGGAUGAUUUGGGACUUUGAUGUUUUCACGGAACAUUUUUUGGCGUUGUGUUUUCCGAGUUUUGAUAAAGAUAAAGUAAGACUUCUUUUUGAUUUUGUGUUUGUAAAGAGAAAAUAAACGUAAGAAUUGCUUUGUCUCCCCAUUGUAUAAGAAUGUUGUUCAGGUCUUCGCAUUUGCAUGCGGCGGCUCUGGCAACCAUGUCGCUUUUGGAUCUCCUCAGAGAACAAAAUUUCAUCGUUCAUGCCGCACGUGUGUCUCCCUCGGUUGAGCGUGGUGCGCCAGCCGCCCGAUCGUCCGGACCUGGACCGGGAGGAGGAGCUUCGUCUUCCCAGCGCCCGCUUGCCAGGUCUAGUACUUCCGGAGCUAGUACGCAAUCGAAAUGGAACAAGGUGCCGCUGGAUCAACAUGUGGCGAAAAGUACUAGACCAGAAAUCUUCAAGUGUACCAUGUGUGAAGUGCUGGGCAACGAUGACCGCCCAGCGAUGCAUGCACCCUACGCGACCUGCAAAGCAAAUUGUGGUCCUACCGGGGGAAAUAAGUGCGGUUGCCACUACUGCAGUUCCUGCUAUGCCAAUAUGUGCAUUCCGGGCUUCGUAGGCGGCAAUUGCCUCAUCAAAAGCACUUCCGACGUCGAAGCACUUGCCCGGGAAGGAAAAUUGACGGAAGAGGAGGACGUGCAUUUCAUGCAGGUGAGCCAUAGAUCAUUUCAUUUUAGAUAAUGUUCAUGUUGAUUUGAAUUUGAUAUUUUUACGUAGUUCAUAUAGUGGGUGUGGUAGGAUCGUCGCAUCUUGAUGAAGGUGAUUUUUUUUCCUUCCUGGCUUCGAACUAUUUCGUGAUUGAGAGAUAAAAUACACAUCAAUUCAACAGGCCGACGACCAUCACUUCACGAGCCCCAAGCGCAACUGCUGUCGCUGCCAAGCUGACCUGGGAGAAAAGAACGCCGACCAGGAGGCACUUUUCUUGGAGGCGCUGAACCGGGGUGUGGGACUGAUGACGCUCCCGCAGCGUCAAGCUUUGAAGAAGUUGAAGUCCGGCAUGCACCAAAACCUGGUCGCGUGGACCAUGGCAAUGUACUGGUACGUUACCGUAUUAGUGCCCUUCGCGCGGAAACACAAGCUGCAGAACCCCUCCGAGAUCUGCAACCACUUAGCGGAGGCCACGGGAUUUUCACUCUCGUCUCCGUCCUCUGGUGGAGCCUCGGGGUCGUCGUCCGGUAGUGCCGGGACGUCGAGCGGGCAGCAGAAGUCUGUCGUGAACAUCAAACCGGGGGUAAAAGCCAAGGGAAAGCUCCUGCUGCACAACAAGAUGAAGGAACAACACCUGGAAGAAAAGUCCACAGUAAACCUGACAACACCGAGUGCGCGGGAAGCUCAGGAAGAGCUCCAGCUGACGCAAGAAAACUUUGCACAGCUCGUGGGCCGGGAUUGCAACGCGAUGUUGCAUUUCUUUGCAAAUACUUUCGACCGCGGCUUCCAGGCUGAGUUUUCUUCCCGUCUCGCCGAAAGUAGCGCGGCACCCAUGAUGGGGCUAGUGCAAGGUGAGCUCGGCGAGGAAGAUCAUCACGACGAAGACGUCGAACUAGACGAGGCUAGUAGCAAACAUCAGUCCAGCGAGAAAAUCAUGGGGCACCGUCCGUCCGCAAGUAGCGGUAGCACAACAGGCACACAUCAGACACAUGAAGACGCAGCAAGACCAGGCACGGGCACUACAACUCUGAGCCUCAGCACCUCUGCAACCAGCCCGUCCGGGACCUCCGACUACUUUGGGCAGGGUGUCGUGGUUCCUGGUUCACCAAUCGCCGGCACUGUAUCGGGAGCGGCCUCACCGACGGCUUUGUCUUCGCCCGCGGCAGAUCAACACGCUGGCACAGCCUAUCAACUACAAUCGGAAGAAGAGUGGCCUCCCCUUCGCCGACCGCCGGUUCCGGCGGCCGCCCCGCGCGACAGCAGCUCCGAGGUGGACCCAUCAUCGCCGAAAUCACCAAAGCAACGAGGCCCGCUGUUGAACAAGUCGGCGGCAGUAACCUCCACCAUUGCCAAGGUUGUGAGCAAAGUUUGUUGCAAUGCGGAGAAAAAUAAGUCUCCCGUGACGCAGCUGCAGGCCACGACCAGUCCGCGAUCUCCGAGCGGGUCUUCAGACGCCGGCGCCAUGGUCCCACCACCGCCGCCGCCAAUGAAGAUGAAAGGUUCUAGUAAUAUGCUCACUUCCAUUGUCCCCGGCACCAGCGGGGCCGCGAAGAGUACUAAAGCGGCUCCAGCUGGGAUAGCAAGUUCCUCCGCACACAACACCACCACAGCCGCAGCUGCGGUUUCAAAAGCGAAGUCUGCUGCCGCGGCCGCACGGGCAGGUGGGCAAUUGCUGCCGAAAAAAGCCGUGCGAAGGCAAUUCUCGUCCUCCACACCGCUCGCGCAAGGUUCCCCCGCGACCCCGGAUGACUACCAACAAGGCUUUGAACAAAGCAUGCGCGGCGCCAUUAGUGUGUGGAAGCUCGCACUGGAAAACCUGGAAGCGAAGGGCCUCACCCCGGUUUACGCGCUGCCAAAGACAAGUACCGAAUUAUGCGGGUCUAGUACAACCUCGAAGUUUGAACCCGUCCGGGCGGUCUUGGAAAGCGAAGAGAUGGACAGCGUAAUUCCGCUGUUGGACCAGUGGGACCGCGAACUGUACGACAGGGCGCUGCCGCUGGGAAAAUCCGAGUACUACAAGUCCAUACACUCCCCGCAGGCCGAAGAGUCGCGCCGGGAGGACGCCCUUGUUGCCCUCAGUUUCGCCGCCGACGACGAAGAUUUGUCGGCUUUCAUGUCCCCAGCAGAAAUCGAGGCACAGCGACGCAUGCUAGAGAUGUACAAACACGGCAGCUCUAGUGCGAGCGGUGGAGCAGAACCUCGUCGCGGCGGUGGGGGUUCCACAACGGCCUCGAGCGCCGCGCGCGACCGGUCUAUGGAAGCAGAGGAUCGCGAUCACCGCGCCGGGUGGCGGGGCGGGGGUGAUUAUUAUGAUCCGCGUGAAGAUCAAGAUUAUGGCGGUCCCUAUUACAACUACGACGACGAAGAGGAGGAGUACUAUCGCCGGAGGCGGGGGUACAACGACCAGGGAGGUCACGACGACCACGAGCAGGGCCACGAUUAUGAUGACUAUUACCGUCAGCGAGGCGGGUACGACCAAGGCUACGAUCAUAGACAAGACGACUUCUAUGGUCGCGGCUACGGGCCACGAGAUUCGUCCGCAGGCGCGCGGGGUGGAUAUGAUCACCAGGACUACGACGACGGCCAAUACCAUCGUGAGUGGGAUAGAAUUGAAGACGAGCAGUACCAUGCGGACCAGGAGCGAGGAUGGUGGGAUCGCGACCAGGGCUGGAGUGGAUACUACGAUCAUCAUCAGGGCGAAGACGACCGCCAACGUCAUAGAGGCUGGACUUCAUCUGCGACCACCGACUACGCUGAUCAUACCCAAGGACUAGAGCACCAGGAUCAACAUCAUGAUGGCCCGCGUCGCAUCGCGCGGCGGGACAGUGCACACGAGCGCUUCGGUGCUGAAGGACGAGACGAAAGAGAGCGUGCUAGUACUGCCACUCAGCAUCCACCACUUGCUUCCGGUAGUGCUGGGUCCAGCUAUCGACCGGCGCCCGCGUGGACGUCGGAACGGGAGGUAGGUAGAGGUAGUCAUGACGAGCCCGUCGAGCCAAGGACCGAAGACACUGACGGCGUCGCGCACGGAGAACAACAGGGUACUAGUACUUCAUCUUAAAUUAGGUCUUUGCGUCGUUGCUGUACUAUUUCGUAAGAAAGUGUGAAAGUCGUGACCUAGGCCUGAUCGUGAUUUUUUACGUCGAUCACAGCACUGUGAACUCUUUAUUUUCAUCGCCAACAUAAGUUGGAAGGUCAACGACCAUGGUGGUCCUCUUUUUUAGUUACACAAUAGCCUUUGCACCGAUGUGUACGAACACCACCGCCAUGAGAACAAGGAUGUUUCAAAUUAUGAAUUUUCUUGCUCUUGGUCUUGGCGCAACUUAAACUUUAACUUUUUGCUUUUCGCUACCCGUACCCCUGAUUUUGAGCCACCUCAUCUCUCAAUCUCUUCAAGAGGCAGCAGCGUGCCGUUUUUACUUUAGUCGCAUCGGACCAUGUUCAAGAAUACAGAUUAUCGUCGUCUUUCAGCAUUCGACCUCAUGCGUGAACAUCGCGAAACAUGUUGUGUGUGACCAAUUUACUACGGAUCUGCAGCGCAUCUCAAAACUAGCACUCGCCACGCAAAACCUCUACUUUAUUUCGUUGUAAUCUCCACUCACUUAAUGUGUACUAGCAAAAGUAGAACGAGCAAGUGUCGUGCACAGACAUGGGGGAAUUCACAUCGACCGUGAUGUGCGGUUAGACCAGAAGAUCGAAGGAAGGACCACCUUUCUAUAUGUGUAUCCAUAAUUUCUAUUUCAUCGAUGGACACGAAAACCGAUUGACCCGAAUGUGAUCGAAGAGGCACCACUUUUCCUCGGUGCGGAUGCACCUGCUUCUCCGACUACACCUGGGAAUCAUACGCAAGUAUGCGUGAGAAAUGUUUCUACAAAAGCAAAACUGUGGUCGGCUCUGCAUUCAUAUUUUUCUUGUUUGAUCGCGUUGUCGUUUGCACGGACGACGUUUGCUAAAUUCUAUACGAUUACUUUUUUUUCUGCUCGUGGCUCCUACCCCGUUCUCUUUUCUAUUCCCGACGGACCAAUGAAUAGCUCGAAGUAGCCGUGCACGUGACUGCAAUGAAGAAGUGGUUCUUUUGCUUGGGACUUUUUUUGUCGGUCUGACUGUGGUUCUCUUUCUUGGGGCUUGGCUCUUUGGCCGGCUCAUAGAAACGUUAAAAUCCAACUUGAUGCAUCUCGAGUGCAUCUCGAGUUGGAAUAAUUAUUGAAGAGGGCGGUGUGUGGACCACCAAGCGGAGAAGCAAAGUCUUACCUCAGGAUUUGUCUUUGUUGCGUUACAGCUUCAUACGUACGAUUACAUUGAUGUACAUUCAUGUUGUUGCAAUUCAAAAAAAAUGUCACAGCUUCCGGUGCGUGGCGUGCAUGGCGCGGAUGGACGCAAGCGGGGGGAGGACAAGAAUCGGCGCAUGAUGGUGGUUGGACCGGGUAUGAUUAUGGGAGGUCGCAAGCAGGUUACGAGUACGACUACCAAGAGCACCAUCAUGCGCAGUAUGACCACCUUGACCGCGCGCACAAUCACCCCGUCGUCUCGGACUCAAGUCGUAUGCAAAGUGGAGCUCCUGCAAGUGGUGCCGCAGGACGAGAACAACUGCCGCGUACCUCCGCAGCAAACACGGCCUGGGGUCGUGCCUGGCCGACGUCUGGGACGAGCAGUGUCGCGCACCAGGCGCCAAUUUCGCAAGAUGGAAGGAUGGCCACUACUUCGGAGGCACACUCACGCGGCCAGCCAACAUCGGCUGCUCGUACUGAGCAGGCGGUUCCGUUCGCGUCGACCGGCGCUUCGACUUCGAGUACUUCUGCAGCGAGUACAUCUGCCGCCAAACGAGUCUGGCGAAGUAUCCCCGGGGCCCCAACUGCAACGACGUCUGCUUCUAGUAGUAGUAUGACGAGAGGCGGCGGUGGUGCGCAGAUCCAGGGAGGGGCCGCGGGAGGAGCAGCUGCUGCUGCACAACGUGAUUUUGUUCAGCAGACCACGGGAGCUUCCGGGGCGGGACCUUCAUCACAGUUUGACCGUGGACAGUUUGGUGAGACCGCUCCGCUGUUCGCAAAUAGGGGCCCCGGUUUGGAGACCCUGUUCACAGCGGCCACUAUGAGCCGCAUGGGCAACAUCCAGCACUUGUCUUCGACCGCUCCUGCUCCGGAACCACCGGGUCCAGCAGCACAGGAACAAGAAAUCGUGGCUGCUUUAUUGGAAGACGACCCCCGCAGCAUGCGAUACCGAGAUGAAAUACUAUCAGCAUGGCCCGGUAUAUUGGAAACCGUCGGCGCGGCAGGGCAGGGGCCUCCCGGGAGGGCCGCGGCUUCGUCCCGCCAGACCGCAAUAAUGCCCGGAAUCGCAGCCAGAAUGUCGGAGCUGGGCGUGUCGUCUGUGCCGCCGCCUACCAAGGCGCCACCACGGAAUGUUCACUUUGGUGGAACAGCGACUCCUCGAGGACCGUCGCAGGUGGUGGCAGAUGGCGUGUCAUCAAACGGAGCGCCGAGAACGGCAGUGCAGAACGCAGCCGCGCCGACGUCAUCUUCAGGUAUGACGACCACCAGCGCCGGAGCUUUUUCUCGCAUGUUGGCACCACCACCAGCACCAGCAGUAGCGGCAUCAAAUCUCGCACCACCGCAAAUGCGACCAGGAGGCGCAGCUGCGCCGACGGCUGCUGGAUCGCACCAGCACCAGCAUAUCUCCGAUCACUACCGUCGAGCGCCUGGGGUACUUGGAUUAUCUUUUACUUGCUACAAAAGUGUGUGAUGAUCUUACUGGCUUGAAUUCUUUAUGUCCUCAUUUUCAGCUACUACAUCGUGAUUGUUUUGCUUUCAAAUAAAAUCAAAAUCUCAUGCGGACGAAUAGCGAUUUUUUUAUUUUUUUGGUACUUUGGUGCGAUGAAAAAGAAAAUGAAUCAGAAUCUGAACAUAUCCAAAAAAGACUAUGCGACUCGAUAAUUAUAUCAGGCGCAGGAGCGCGGAACGGUAGCAGCGCGGCACAUUGCCGCUCGACGACCUCCUGCUCCUACCAGGUUGCAACCCGGGGGCAGCGGGACAGCAGCGACUACAAAUGCAAAUCCGGCUGGCACCAGUAUCCGGCCGGGGUCCACGACAAAUGAUCAUGUGCCCGUUGUUCAAGGUCGGAGAGCGCAGAUGUAGGAUGGUUUAUUUUCUUAAGACUUUCAUUCUUCUUGCUUUUCUUUUUCCAGGGGGACGAAGGGUGGUGGCCCUUGCCGAGCCAGACGUAUGCUCUAGACCACUUUGACUUUGUCUUCAACUUUAAGUUUGAUUUUUGUCUUGAUUUACUAUGUGCUAAAAACAGCACAUCGAUUUAUUGCAAGUUUUGGCCUAGAAAAUAUAGUCUUUUGUAGACAACCCUCUAGAAGUUCUUUUUUUUUUGCCCUUGCAACGAUAAAAUUCCAACUGCAAUGUCUUGCUUUCGAGAAUAUGAAUAUCAAUAGCGAAGAUAGUACCGAAGUAGUUUUUCCCUCAGAAAAUGACAGUUACCAAUUUAUGGAGAAGAAGAAACAACAGAAGCAGGAGCGUUAGCGCGUCUGUGAGUGGUUUGAAAGAAAAAAAAAAAUUGUUGCGAACCUCACAGUUUUACGCCCGAGACAAGCCAUAUCGUGUUUUUCUUUCGAAUCUGGUGUCGCCUUUCAUCUUUCGAAGCAGCUUCAUGAUCUGUUUCAUUGCUUCUUGGCCUAGAUCUGCA